AUGAGCGACAUGGGUUCAUUUUUCCGUGCGUUCACCAACCCCAAUGCACCGCAAAUGAACCAAGCUGAAGUGUUUCACGCUGGUUGGGCUCACCGAGACCGCCAAAAUUUGUCUCUGCUAGACGCGUGUCAAGCAGACACACGAGACGCUUUGCUGCUUGACGUGGAGAUCAAAGCUUACUUGACCGGCGCUACACCCGGAGGAAAGGGUCCUUCGCUUGCUGACCGCGCACCUAAACAACAUGAAGCAGAAGUGAGGAGAGCGAAGUCAACAGGGAGAGAGAUGUUUCCCUCUCCUGAAGGGCUGCUCGUUGAUGCGGGUUCCUCACACAAACCACCUUCGCGGAAAAAGAAAGCAACUAAAUCAAAGGGUCCGGGUUUACCACCGCCACAGGUACUCAGUCAAAGCAUAAAUCCCCCGCCUACUUGGCAGCCGAGCUACCCUGCUUCCCAUGGUGCUGAUCCAGCUUUACCACUGCCACAGGUACUUAGUCAAAGCGUAAAUCCCCCGCCUACUUGGCGGCCGAGCUACCCUGCUUCCCAUGGUGCUGAUCCAGCUUUACCACCGCCACAAGCACUCAGUCAAAGCAUAAAUCCCCCGCCUACUUGGCAGCCGAGCUACCCUGCUUCCCAUGGCGCUGCCAACAUGAUACAGCCGCGGAUCCAGACUUUUUCUCUACCGCCAGUGCAUCCUCAACCACCUGUUCCUCAGCCGCCUCUCCAUCAACCGUCUUUCCCUCUAUCACCAAUGCCCUCUGCUGGCUUACAGCCCUCGUGGAAUUCUAGCAUGUCGCCAAGUAUCUACGCGUUGAUCAUCACGCCUCCAACAGUGAGAAAAUGUUAUGGGUGUGGGAACGACCUGGGUGAUAAAUGA